AUGGGGAGACUUUUCAAUAUAUCGCUUGCCGUGUUUGCGGCAACGGGGUCGUUUCUUUUUGGUUAUGACUCUGGCGUGAUGACGGAUGUCAUCCAGAGUCCGCACUUUCUACAGACUUUCAACACGGUCCCAACGUCUCCUAUCAUCGGUGCUAUCAAUUCCACAUUCAGUGGUGGUGCCGUGUUUGGGUCUCUGAUGGGAGGCUUCACCAUGGACCGCUUCGGACGCAGAAUGACCAUCUUUGUGGCUGCAUGGAUUUGUCUCGUGGGCGCCGUACUUCAGUGUGCCGCACAGAACUUGGCCAUGAUACUGAUUGGCCGCAUAUUAACUGGCUGGGCGGUCGGUCUGAUGUCCAUGUCUGUCCCAAUCUAUCAAUCAGAAUGUGCGCAUCCACGCGUACGAGGCCUCAUUGUCGGAUUGACCCAGCAGAUGAUUGGGGUGGGAUUCAUCAUCUCUACUUGGGUCGGAUUUGGCUCUGCACACGUUCCCGCGACAAGUGCUUUCUCCUGGCGCUUUCCGUUAGCCUUUCAGUGUGUCCCCUGUAUUAUCCUGAUAAUCGGUCUCUUUUUCUUUCCCGAGUCGCCCCGCUAUCUAGUGCAAACCGAUCGUGAGGAUGAAGCGCUAAAGGUUCUGCGCAAGCUUCACUACGAUGGCACAAACGAUGACUGGAUUGAUGAAGAAUUCCGCGAGAUCAGACUGACUAUCCAAGCGGAGAACACUGUGACAGAACCUGGUUGGUUGAUCAUGUUCCAAGUACCGACGUAUAGACGCCGCCUUGCACUUGCUACCUUCAUUCAAGUUUUCACCCAAUUUACCGGCAUCAAUGUCAUUGGUUACUACCAAACAAUCAUGUAUAAGAACCUUGGAAUCGAAGGCAAUCGAAAUUUGUUGGUUACGGGCAUAUACAAUUGUGUUGGUCCCGUCGCCAACUUGAUCUUCAUUAUAUUUAUACUCGACCGCGUCGGAAGAAGAAAGCCACUUCUCUUUGGAACAAUCGGUAUAACGCUCGCCCUGAUGUGCGAAGCUAUCAUCAACUCUCAGUUUGAUAAAGCAUCAUCACCGGGUCAAGAACACAAUCUCGCGAUAGCCGGAGUAUUCUUCAUCUUCUGUGUGUCGGUCAUAUUCAGCUGGUCCUUCGGGCCUUGUAGUUGGGUGUACAUGUCCGAGAUCAUGCCUUAUCAAAUUCGAGGUCGUGGCAGUGCUUUUGCAACAGGAAUUGGGAACUGGCUUGUCUCAACGUUUUGGUCACAAGUAUCUCCGAUCGCGCUUGGAGCCAUAACUUGGAAGUUCUACUUCAUCUUCUGCGCUUUCAAUGUUCUGAUUACGUUUCCCAGCAUCUGGUUCUUCUUUCCGGAGACAAAGCAAUUAUCGCUGGAGGAGAUUGAUCUCUUGUUUGGAGACCGUGCGCUGGGUACUCUUCCAGAGAAUCUGGAUGAUGCCAAGGGAGCGUCUGAAUCGGUUCGGCAGGUUGAGGAUACCGAAGCGUAG